CAUCAGGUCAGCAGUCCAGGGAGCGUGAGAGCGAAUGUGGAACUCGCGGCUUGGCCCAAGCCAUGCAUGAGCAGUUGUAUUAAGCGUAGCGUUUGUAGAAUUAUUGUGCGUGCCAGGCCAUGAUGAGUGGAAGAGCGGUAUUUGCCUGUGUUGCAAUACACGUUACGUCUUCACCUGUCCCCGACGCGUAUUGCACAAUACGGGAUUCACAUGUACCUUUGGAUAGUUUGCGUUCCAACAGUUCACGGAUGUGGCAAAGCAUAACCACAAUGGCUUCGCUUGGUUUGUUCGAGGGUCCCGAGGGUUCCCAAGGAGUGUCCCGUGAGGCUUUGACUGAUAUCGACGUGAGUUCCCGCAGGUUGUUAGAUUCUUGGGCUAAGCAAUUGAGGUUGCACCGUGACGUUGACGUCGUAGGGAAUACGUACUACCGGAGGCCAGGGCGGAAACCUGGCUCGGGUGUUGUAGCGUUUGGUUCGCAUUUGGAUACUCAACCUGAAGGUGGACGCUUUGAUGGAUCGUAUGGUGUCCUUGCUGGACUGGAAGUGCUCCGCGUUCUUGACGAAUCGGGCAUUGAAACUGAUGCUGACCUCGAGCUUGUGAAUUGGAGCAACGAAGAGGGCUGCCGCUUUUCUCCUCCAAUGAUGGGAAGCGGGGUAGCGACUGGUCAGUUGUCAGUGGAGGCUGCAAGGUCAUCCACUGCCCGAAAUGACCCAGCUACCACUUUCGGUUCAGAGCUGCAGCGGCAUGCUUUGGUUGGAACUGCUGUGGCGGACGUGAAGUCGCGUUCUUGGACCAGUUAUUUCGAAGCUCACAUCGAACAAGGCCCAACCCUGUAUGAUUCUGGAGUUCCAGUCGGAGUUGUCAUUGGUGGACAAGGUCAGCGUCUAUUCACAGUGCACGUGAGCGGAUUCGAAGGUCAUAGCGGCACAGUGCCAAUGGACAAGCGACAGGACGCUUUAGUUUGCGCGAGUGCCAUGGUCAUCGAAGUACGUAACAUCGGAAUUUCGUAUACGGUCUUGACGACUGUAGGAAGUUUCUCAGUAUCGCCUGGAAGUUUCAACACAAUCCCUGGAAGGGUAACGUUUUCAAUCGACAUGCGCUCGCCUAACACUACUGCCAUGGACUUGGCAGAGGAGAAAAUUCGGCGCAGAUUUGCCAGCAUCGCAGCGCUGGAAAAUUGCCCAGAGACCGCCAUCACCCGAACCAAGAGCCGAAAUCCGAUAGAGUUUGAUCCACAAUUAUCCGCUCGCCUGCACGAUGCAGCCAGCACCUUGGGGCUGCAGGCCUCGAGUUUAUGGUCAGGCGCUGGACACGAUGCCUGCUACGUGGCGGAGAAGGUCCCUGCGGCCAUGCUGUUUGCCCCGUGCAAGGAUGGGAUCUCGCACAACCCGCGCGAAAGCGCCACGCCGGCCGAUCUGGCACUGGGCGUCGACGUGCUGCUGCGAGCAGUUCUGGGCACUGCCGUCGAGACCGCAUGCUAGAAAAGAACAGCCCAGGGUGGGAGGAGAA